UGUGUGUCACCACCUCAGGAAACCAGCAGAAUGGCUGCAAACAAGAAUAAGAGCCAGAGCUCCUUGGCCCUUCACAAGGUGAUCAUGGUUGGCAGUGGAGGUGUCGGUAAAUCAGCUUUGACGCUUCAGUUCAUGUAUGAUGAGUUUGUAGAAGACUAUGAACCUACCAAAGCUGACAGUUACAGAAAAAAAGUGGUUCUUGAUGGUGAAGAAGUCCAGAUAGAUAUUCUAGACACAGCUGGGCAGGAAGACUAUGCAGCCAUUCGAGACAACUACUUUCGCAGUGGGGAAGGCUUUCUCUUAGUAUUCUCAAUCACAGAGCAUGAGUCCUUUGCAGCAACUGCUGAAUUCAGGGAGCAGAUCCUCCGUGUUAAGGCUGAAGAAGAUAAAAUUCCUCUGCUCGUGGUGGGAAACAAGUCUGACUUAGAGGAGCGGAGGCAGGUGCCCAUCGAGGAGGCCAGGAGUAAAGCGGAAGAGUGGGGUGUGCAGUAUGUGGAGACAUCGGCUAAAACACGUGCCAAUGUGGACAAGGUGUUCUUUGACCUGAUGAGAGAAAUCAGAGCAAAGAAGAUGUCAGAAAACAAAGACAAGAAUGGCAAGAAAAGCAGCAAGAACAAGAAAAGUUUUAAAGAAAGAUGUUGCUUACUGUGA